AUGAAGACCGAGGCGGUUGUACCAACCGGUGCGACCUCAGUUGAAACACAGCCGCUCCCCCUACGCUCAUAUCAGGCUGAAAUGGUCGAAGAAAGCCUCCACCAGAAUGUCAUCGUUGUGAUGGACACAGGCAGCGGCAAAACGCACAUAAAGCUAACAGCGACCGGAGCAGUGGAGCGGACUCGAGCUGAACUUGAAACAUGCGAGCCGUCCAAGCGCGUGUGGUUCCUUGCGCCUACAGUCACCUUGUGCGAGCAGCAGAGCCAAGUCUUCAGCCACCUCCUUCCGAGUUACAAUGUCCUCGUUCUCUCUGGCCAAGACGACAUCGAUCAUUGGACAGAACAGAGUGUGUGGGACUCGGUAUUGCGCAAUAUUCGCAUUAUCUUGUCUACGCAUCAGGUUUUAUACGAUGCCCUCGCACAUGCGUUUGUGAAGAUGGAUGACCUAGCUCUGUUGAUCUUCGAUGAAGCUCAUCAUUGCACACUCAAUCAUCCGGCCAAUCGCAUCAUGUCGAAUUUCUACGUCCCCAGAGCACGAAAAGGGGAUACAUGCCUUCCUAAGGUCCUCGGUCUGAGUGCAAGCCCAGUCAUGAAGGCAGAUGCCACAACAGACUCGUUGGAGCAGAUCGAGCGUAACUUAUAUGCAAUGACAAAGACACCAAGAAAGAGUCGCUCGGAACUGACACGGCAUGUCCAUCAACCUGAGCUAAUCAGGGUCGACUACCAGGUAGAAGCCCAGCAGCAAUCUUCAUUGAUUAGCGCCCUUGCCUGUAUCUACAGAGAGUACGAUCUGAUGGAAGACCCGUAUACGAAAGACCUUCUUCGAAAACAGGAAGACGGGGUCGACGUUUCUACGCAGUUGCAGAAACUGUUCGUCAAUCAGAAAACCUACUGCACAGAGCAACUCAGGACAUUAACGAAGAAGGCGCAAGACAUGGCGCUCGAACUCGGACCGUCUGCGACUGAAUGGUAUCUACACCAAUGCAUGGCGAAGUUUGAGAAGACUGUUUGCGAUGCGGAGCAGCUACCGGGUUGGUCGAAUGAUGAGAAGCAGCACUUGUUGACCAUCUUGAGAAAACUUCCUUUCCAAGAGGUCGUGCUUGGGCCUUCACUCGACGUUGGUCGAAUAUCCCAAAAGGUCGAAAGUCUGAUCGAGGUUCUCGUUAACCAGGCUCAAGACACGCCUGAAUUUACAGGCUUGGUCUUCGUCGAGCAACGAGCUUGGUUGGCUGUCAUGGCUGAAACCCUGGCCGUACAUCCGCGUACCAGAGACUUAUUACGUGUGGGUACCUUUCUGGGAACAUCAGGAUCCAGUAAGCGCAAGCAGAUGGUCGCUAAUCUACCUGAAACAAGAAACCAGAAGGCCACACUAGAUGACUUCCGAGCAGGCACAACCAAUUUGAUACUUGCAACGAGCGUUCUAGAGGAGGGAAUCGAUGUGUCCAGCUGCCACCUGGUGGUGUGUUUCGAACGCCCGAAGAAUCUCAAGAGCUUUGUUCAGCGUCGCGGAAGAGCCAGAAUGCAAGAAUCAAAGUACUUCAUCUUCAUGCCUGAGGUAGGACGCGGGCGCGCUCCUGAGUCCUGGGAAGCUCUCGAGCAGGAGAUGAAGGAAGCUUACCUCAAUGACAUGCGGCAGAGUAAACUAGCAGUGGAAAAUGAGAAAGAUGAGGAAGAAGGAUCAAGGGUGUUUGAGGUCAAGGCUACCGGCGCCCGUCUGACAUUGGAUGAUGCAUUGUCGCAUCUUACUCAAUUUUGCUCACUUCUUGGUUCUGGUCCAUACGUUGACCCACGCCCACAAUUCAGAUUCAUCGAAUACGACCUUGGAAUUACUGCCGAAGUCACACUACCUAUCUCGGUUGACCGUGCGGUUCGCACGGCCAGGGGCUUAAAAUGGUGGCGAACAGAGAAGAUGGCCAGAAAAGAUGCAGCAUUCGAAGCCUACAAGGCUCUGUACCUCGCCGGCUUGGUUAGCGACAACUUGUUACCUUUGCGACAAGAAUCAGACAAGAUGGUGUUAGGAUCUCAUGUACCCGACAACACACCUUCCAUGGUCCCCGCCUCAUCGACACUUGAUCCGUGGCUUUUGGUUGCACAAGAGUGGCAGCGCAAGCCGCGGGAAUACUUCCAAACACUCAUCAAGUUCCACACGCCUGGUCAGGAACCCCUAUACGUCAGACUCAUCACUGUCACCCCUAUCCCAUUUCUAGACGACAUUCGACUAUACUGGAAUAAGAGCAAAGUCUACACGGUUACGACAACCAACGAAUCGGCAGCCAGUGUGAAGGCGGAAGAUCUUAUCACACUACGUUCCAUAACUCGAAAGAUCCUUCUGACUAUGUAUGCGGGCAGGAUGCAGGAAGAAAGACAUGACUUCUUGUGGUUGCUAGCACCCUGUGACAGAUCUGGCCAGAGUCUUAACUCGACGAAACUUGUGAGGUGGGAUAAAGCCACCAGCGGCAGCCAGUCAGCCCUGACACUACUGGAGAGGACCAAGCACAUCUCAACUGACUGGGGUCUUGUCUCACAGGUCGGCGAUAAUCGGAAGUAUAUCCUGCAGACGAAUGAAGACACUCAGUCAGGGACGCAGUCAGGGACGCAGUCAGGGACGCAGCCAUCAGAUACAUGCCUCCAAGCCAUGCGUGUACCAAAACGUCGGGAUUUUUUGCAUCCUCUCGUGACGGAUAGCAAUGCAAAUGAUGCAUACACAAAAUUUGAGGUGCUUGAAGCUCCAAAUUGUGUAGUAGACAAUCUGCCGGCUUCUUACUCGGUUAUCGCGCUUCUACUGCCAUCCGUUCUACACAAACUGGAGGUCGGUAUGAUUGCAGACACUCUACGGACGACGUUGCUUAGUCCUACCGGACUUGAGCCUGACCAUCUGCCACUUGUAGUAAGGGCACUCACGGCAUCAUCCGCCGACGAUGAGAGUAACUACCAGCGCCUCGAAUACUUGGGAGAUUGUAUACUGAAGUUCAUCUCCAGUCUCCAUCUAAUGGCGAAAAAUCCAACUUGGCCAGCAAGCUACCUGACCGUCAAGAAAGGUCACAUCGUGAGCAAUGGUUUCCUCGCUCGCGCUACCCUGACAGCCGGACUUGACAAGUUCGUCACCACCAAACGCUUCACAGGAGUGAAAUGGUCUCCCAGAUAUUGGGAAAAUGUGCUCGUAGCUACUACGCAGCCAGAGAAGACACUGAAGUCAUCGAAGUUGCUUGCCGACAUCGUGGAAUCGCUCAUAGGCGUAGGGUACGUUCAUGGCGGAUUACCGAAGGCCUUUGUCUGCGUACAGACGCUGCUACCGCUCGAGCAUUGGUCACUGAUACCUGAAGCUAACGUCAUCUUGUAUGAGGCGGCACCAACGGAUCUUGCUGUCACACAGUUCGACGUCUUGGAACAGCUCAUCGGGUAUACCUUCCGAAAAAAGAUGUUGCUUCUAGAGGCCCUGACGCAUGCUUCUUACACGGGGCCUAAUGUCAAUUGCAGCUACGACAGGCUGGAGUUCUUCGGUGAUGCCGUGCUUGACUAUAUUGUCACAACACAUUUGUACGCGCACACUCCGCCAUUGUCCCACCCGAAGAUGCAUGCCAUACAGACGGCAAUGGUCAAUGCAGCAUUCCUCGCGUUCACUAUGUUCGAGACGACGGUCGCGGAAGAGACAAUAAGCAAGUCGACUCUAGAACCAGAGAUCCACCGAAGAGCGUUAUGGCAGUACCUACGAUCUGGAAGUCCUCAAAUCAUUACAAUGCGGGACCUGUCGUUGCAGCAGCACGCAGAGGUUCGGCAGCGACUCAUCCUCGCACUAAGUCACGACGCAGAGUUUCCCUGGCACCUACUGGCCCUAAUCAACGCACCAAAGCUUUUAUCAGACAUCGUUGAAAGCGUCAUAGGUGCGAUCUAUGUCGACAGUCAGGGCAACUUGUCUGCCUGCGAGGCAUUUGUACGGCACUUAGGCAUCCUCGACCACCUGGAGCGCAUCCUGCGCGACGACGUGGACUGCCUACAUCCGAAGGAGCGACUAGGCCAUCUAGCUAUCGAUCGUAGCGUCGAAUAUGUUCGCAUGCCAUUGCGCCGUGGGCACAAUUCUGGUGACUUGCCGUCGAGUAUGGGCAAAGGUUGGAGAUGUCAGGUCAAGGUCGGUGGUGAGGAGGUAGGAGGGGUUGUCGAAGGGCUGACAAGGCUGCACGCUGAGACCAUCGCUGCCUGGAAGGCUAACGAGAUACUGAGAGGUCAGAGGUUCUGCGCUGCAGAAAGCAGUGAGGCUGAAGAUGCCUUCUUCGAUGCCGACGAGGGAGGUCGUGUGAUGCUUGAAGACUGACGGUAGUUAGUGAGUGGCAGCUUACGGCAAGACACUCAGCUGUGUUGAGUCUGGUACAAUGUCGAAGUGAGCUGCGACAGCGAGUGCGAACCCUGCCCUGGGUCAGGCGUUCGGUACCCGUGGAGGAGGCAGUGUUGUGGACAUUUUCGGAGAAUAAUUUUUUUCCAAGGUUACAAUACCCAAUCCCGUCAGGUGUUUCAGUGCUUCAUGUUAUCCACAAGAUUGUGCCA